CUCUUAUCUCCUCUCAUCUCCUUCCAUCUUCCCUCACAAUUUCUUUUAGUGUUCUUUGAAAAUGGGUUCUAGUUGGCUUCCCUCCGAAGAGUUACAAUUGUGUGUUUCUUGGGUACGACAAUCCACUUGCAACAUCACCGGUCGAUAUCAAAACAAAGACAAUUUGUGGAAGAAAGUUCAUGACGAUUACGUCAAAAAUUGGUGUGGCGAUCCCGAAAAUCCUCUAGCCGAGCCUCGUACGAAAGUUGCGCUCGAAUCACAUUUUCCGCGCUUGAAGAAAUUGCUUAAGAAAUGGCAUACAUGUCUAUACAAAUCAAGAAACCGUGCGGCUAGCGGGACGAAUUUGGUAGAUGAGGAAACUCAAGCUCAAUCAUUAUAUUUCAAGGAUGUGGGCAAGAAAUUUGACAAUAAAGAAUGUUAUGAAGCGGUGAUAAAUCAUCCUCAUUUAUUGACGGUUGUGAGUACUCCUUCUCCGUUUGAGUGGAAUUUUCCAAUUUCUCCAGAGCUCCAUGACACGGAUGGGCAUGUUGACUUGGAUGAUGAUGAAGGAUUCACAACUCCGCCAUCCAACAAAGAGAGACCUCGUCCCUCAAGCCCGGUUAGGCCUAUGGGAGUAAAGGCGCCCAAGGAAGCAAAGAAGAAGGGAAAAAAAGAGGCUAACAUGCGAAGAGAUGAGGAAACCCUUCGGUUGGCUAGGGAGAGCUUAGAACUUGAGAAACGAAAGGAAACAAGGUUGGCCCGACGUGAUGCUAUGGUGGAGUUGCAAGAAGAAACCAAAAUUAUGACAAUGGAUACAAGCAUCAUGACCCCGAAAAGUUUGAAGUGGCACAAAAAGAGGAAAUCGGAUAUCAUGGCGAAAAUGAAUGAGAGUACUAGUACUAGUGAUGAUUAUUAUGUUCCCCUCUUUGAUGAAGACUAA